ACUUUUGAGAAAGAUGGCAGCCUCCAUACCGAUGAGUAUCUCAAUAUUAGUUCUAAGUAUUGCUGCUUAUGGAUUUUAUGAUGUGUUAACAAAUUUCGAAACAAAUGGAUGUGAAAUGACAUACAUGUAUGAGUAUCCAAAAUAUCAGGAAAUAAAACUUGAUGGGUCAGUAAAGGAGUUUCCAACAUACAGAUUAUUUAUUUAUGGAGAAGGGCACUAUGCUAAUACUAUAAGGAAUCUAAACCUUAAAGGCAUCCCUGUUCUGUUUAUCCCUGGAAAUGCAGGCAGCCACAAACAGGUCCGCUCACUUGGGUCUGUGGCCCUCAGGAUGUCUGAAAAGACCAAUGUACAUUUUAACUACUUCGUUGUGGACUUUGAUGAGGAGUUGUCUGCACUUUAUGGUGGUGUUCUCAGGAAGCAAACAGAGUUUGUCCAUCUGUGCUUAAAAAAGAUUUUGUCCCUGUACAAUACGAACCAACAUAAGCCAGACUCUGUUGUGUUAGUGGGCCAUUCAAUGGGUGGUUUGAUAGCCAGAGCAUUGUUUACACUUCCUGAAUUUGACCCACAGCUGGUGAACACAAUAGUUACUCAAGCUACUCCACACCAAAAACCUGUUGCUUCCCUUGAUCCCCAACUGCAGCAGUUUUACAAAGAAGUGAACCAGCACUGGAGGCAGCACUCUUCAAGCCUGCAACAUGUUACAGUGGUCAGUACAGGUGGGGGCUACAGGGACAUCCAGGUCCGCUAUGAUCUCACUAGGUUGGAUGGUAUUGUUUCACCUAAUAGAUCAUUGAGUGUUCUGACAAAUGCAGUUCCAAAGGCUUGGGUCUCUACUGAUCACCUAUGUGCUGUUUGGUGUCGUCAAGUUGUUUUGUUAACUAAACGAGCCAUGUUUGAUCUUGUAGACAAGAGAACUUUGCAGAUAUCCCAUGAUGCGGAUCUCAGGAUGAAAGUCUUCAAACAUCACUUCCUGGACAAUAAUGGUCUCACUGACUACCUGACACCUAAUGAUAACAUCAUUCUUGACCCCAAGGUCAAGUGGGAGGUCAAAGAUGAAAGGUUGUGGAAAUAUUCUGCUAGUAGGAUGACUACAACAACCUACUUUGCUAUUCCAUUUGUCUUGGAGGAAGGAAAAGAUUCCAUUCUUGUCAUGAGUAAUUUGACUAGCUCGCACUGGGUUUGUUACUGUAACAUCCCACAAGGACAGGAAAAAUGCACGUCCUGUACCAAUUUAUCAACCGCCACAAGAUUUCUGCCGCCAAACUAUGCUAAUUCUAAGUAUGUUCGAGUCAUGCACAAGGACAUUGAGAGUACCAACAGUUCUUAUAUUUUAAUCUUGGCCAAUGCAGGGGAGAAAAUGGUGAAUAUUUUGGUUGACCAGUAUGACAGCAAUGAGCGCCACCUGGUGUACCAGAUGCCCAACACAUACGACACCAUCAUCUCCUACCCCAUCUCAGCCACAGAUGGCGCUGCCCUGUUAAGGAUGAACAACGCCUCCACCUUCUACAGCCUCCACCUCGCUGGCCUGUCCCUCCCUACCAACGCCUACAAGGUGUAUGUGACACCUCACAAGUGUCGCAAGCACAGCGCAGAACCGUACGAGGGCAGUGUCUUAAGACUGAACAUCCCCUGGAGUCAUGAGGAAGUUUAUUCGUUUGCCAGCUAUGGUAAAGAAGCCAGCUUGUCCAUCCGUGUACAGACAGCACGUCCAGCUGGCUACGACUGGAGGCUGGACAGCUCUGAGCCGCACCUGGAGAUGUUCCUGCACCCAUAUUGCCACUACAAGCUCCGGUUGGUCAUCUCAACCCCAGAAGUUUUAGGCCAGGCUGUUCGCUUCUAUGCUGUUCUCUUGCCUGCCUACUUUGUGGCUGUCCUCUUCAUGUCUUUCAAGGGUGUACUCAUAACACAAGGAAAAGGUCAAGUUAUCAACAUAAAAACAACUAGUCCAUCAGAUUGGCUGUUCAUAUACAGCAGACCUUAUUACAUUGUACCUACAGUUAUUGUAAUUAGAUAUUUACUCAGUGUUGGUAUCAUUAAAAAGUUGGUGGGGAAACUGCUGGCGGUUGAAGAUGACAGCGUCUCACUCAGUCAAGAUGGGGUCUACUUCUCUCUCCUGCCUGCUCUCUUGUACGUCACUGCAUACCUGGCCUCGUACAUACAGACAGCGCUGGUGUACCAGCUGCUGCGUGUGUUAGGUUACUUAGCCAGGUGCUGUGCCAUAGUUCCAGGAUUUGUCUCAAGACAAGCCAGUUACCUACAGCUGCUGGUCAGUGUAGCGGCCAUCUUGUCCACUUUCUGGUGCGGAACUUUGGGUCUUUUUAUUUUCUCAGCUUUACUCACUCUCAGGGUCUUACAGCUGUUGUACACUGUGGCCAGCAAGAUGGACACACAAGACACACACCAGAAGCUGCUCAUGUUCUUCCACCUGAUGUUGCUGGUCAACCUGCAGACCCUGCUCAACCUGGGCUCUUUCAUUGUCUGGCUCAAACGCUGCAUCAGCAGCCAAUUAAUCCCGCCCCAACUUAGCCCUGACCCAUCCCAGCUCCCUGCUUUGGUGGUCUGCGUCUGUCUGACUGUCAUUUUGUUGUCUUCAAAUUUUUCUCUCACUGGGUCCCAGAACAUUAUGAUUGGCUGGUUGUACUUCGUCCUGGCCACAGUGACUCUCCUGUAUGGGAUGGAAUCUUUAUACCGCCUGCCCACCUUCCUGGCGGCGUCAGUUUUUCUGGUUACCCUCGGCAACCUGUCUUCUAUAUUUUCCAGUCCUCAUAGGAACAAAGGCGAAUAG